CCGGAGGCUCCGAGUCAGUGCUGGGCCCCGGUCAGGACCCGUCCCGGAGCCCAGAGCUCACGCACUCGGACGCGAGGCCUCCAGCGCCGCCUGGACGCGCACCCGGAAAUGACCGCGGACUGACCCGGCCCGCCGCCCGUAGCCGCAGGGUGCCCGGAUAGCGUACAGCAGGGGACAAACCGUGGAGCGCCCAGAACACCGAUCGCGGACGGAGCUCGGGACCAAGGGGAGUCGCUGCCAGGGCUACUUCAGGUGUGCAUGUGGCCAUGUCAACCGUCUCCGGCCUGGGGCCUGACUGACGUGAGCACCGAGGGCCCAGAUUAGGGUGGUCGGAGGAGGCAGCGGCAGGCGCAUCUCUGACAAGUUUUGGAUUUGGCCCGUCUUUUAAUGAAACGGGGGUAAAACCUUCUAUACACACAGACUCCAAUCAACAUCAAUAAUAACUUGGAAAAGAACAAUGUUGUCCUUAAACAACCUGCAAAAUGUCAUCUAUAACCCGACCAUCCCCUAUGUCGGCACCAUCUCUGAGCAGUUGAAGCCUGGGUCUUUGAUUGUCAUCCGUGGACAUAUCCCUAACGAUGUGGACAGAUUCCAGGUGGACUUGCAGCAUGGCAACAGCCUGAAGCCUCGGGCCGACGUGGCCUUCCACUUCAACCCUCGCUUCAAAAGAUCCAACUGCAUCGUCUGCAACACGCUGACGAAUGAGAAAUGGGGCUGGGAGGAGAUCACCUAUGACAUGCCCUUCAGAAAAGAGAAGUCCUUUGAGAUUGUGAUCAUGGUGCUGAAGAACAAGUUCCAGGUGGCGGUGAAUGGAAAGCAUACCCUACUGUAUGCUCACAGGAUUUGCCCUGAGAAGAUAGACACGCUGGGCAUUUAUGGCAAAGUGAAUAUCCACUCGGUUGGGUUCAGCUUCAGCGAGGAUUUACAGAGUCUCGAAAUGCCUACUCUAAGACUGACACAGGUAAACAGAGGAAAUGUACAGAAAUCUGGCCUGUCACAGUUGCCUAGUGAUAGAGAAGACCUUUCUAAAACUGUACCCAGAACUUUCUACAUCAAGAGCAGAGACUCAGCUGUCAAUCACACCAAAAUCCUACCUCCCAGCUGUUUGUCUAAGAGCCUGCCAUAUGAAGCAAGAUUGAACUCCGCCAUGGGCCCAGGACGAACUGUCGUCAUUAAAGGAGAAGUGAAUACAAACGCCAAAAGCUUUAAUGUUGACCUGGUGGCAGGAAAAUCGAGGGAUAUCGCUCUGCACUUGAACCCACGCCUCAACACCAAGGCAUUCGUGAGAAACUCCUUUCUUCAGCAUGCCUGGGGGGCAGAGGAGAGAAGCAUCACCGGCUUCCCGUUUAGUCCUGGCAUGUACUUUGAGAUGAUAAUUUACUGUGAUGUCAGAGAGUUCAAGGUUGCAGUGAAUGGUGUGCACAGCCUGGAGUACAAGCACAGAUUUAAAGAGCUAAGCAGUAUUGACACACUGGCCGUUGAUGGCGAUAUCCAUUUGCUGGACAUAAGGAGCUGGUAGCCACCAUGACUGUCACAAACUCCCAAUACAAACAGCUUAUGUGAUCCCAGCACAUCACAUGCAUCUCGCUGUCACUACAUUACUUAUGUUGAGCUGAGCUCUCAUAGCAUCACGUCCUACCUGGUGUUCUCAGGCCAUGCAGUGUGGCUACCUCUAUCUUUGAGGGAGCAGACCCAGGGCAUUUAUAGCUUCCUGCCAGCAAGGCUCUGCACACUGGGCCGCCCCUUGUAAAACUACACUCAAUUUUUACUAAGUGCCCAUGGUAACACAGCAGCGUAGGGAUGGAAGGCAUACUUCUGUACAUAUUAUCUGAGCUAGGCAGAUAGUGCUGUGCCCAGGACCACUGUGCCCCUGUUCUCUGGAGCUCAGGCCUGUGGCCUCCCAGUGCAGGGUCUUCCUGCUGACAUCGCAUUAACUCAUCUGGGGUCCUUCAGGGUUAAGGUCAGAUACUACUACUGGAUAGCAAACACUGUUUCCCCAUGAUCCUUUUUACAGUCAGCAUUCUAUCAUAUUCAUAAUUGAGGAUCACAUAAGCUUUAGCUUCCCAGCUACAGAAUUUAUAAAAUAACAUGCGGCAGAGAAACUGAGGCAAAAGCCUGAAGCAGGACAAGACCAUCCUGCCGUGGGAAUGGACUCUGCUCUUCAAACCCAAGGCCGGGGUGUGUGCACCUGUGGUAAGUGGGAAGCCAGAUGGUGCAGUCUGCAAAGCCCUUUUGGGCAGCUGAGUGAUCAAGACAAGACUUAGUAAAUGUGUUAACUAGGCACUCCCAAAAGCUGAACCCACACAGACCAGUGAAGCAGGCACGUAGUGCAAAAUGUUCUGUUCUCAGUGAGUCCGAAGAGGAGUCUGUCAUCAGCAGGAAGAUCAAAAUGCGCCACAAGGGGUUAAAAUCAAGCCUGUGUCAGCAAGGCAACUGCUGCGAUCUGAGCUGCUGCUGGAAGAGUGGGCAGCAGCUCAGGGAGCGUCUUCACAGGUCAGGUCACCUCGUCAUACCGACCACUGGACAGGACUCUGCCAGCGUGCAGAGUACCUUCAUGGCAGAUUUGGUUAGCUGUGUUACUCACAUCCCGGAAACCAGAGCAUUACCAAGUUUAGGUUUAGAAAAUACCUACUGUAGUAUCUGCUAGUCCUUCAUUCUUUUCCUGUACUUUACUAUGCGGAUUCGUGCUGUACUUACGAUGUGGGGGUAUGGAACAGGGAAAUCUACAGGAGAUGAGCAGCUCUGCGAUCUCCUCAGAGUUGUUUCUUCUUCAUGAGGAGGGCAUGGCUAGGACUAAGAUGUUGGAGUCCAAAAGGCACUUGGGUAAAAAUAAAAGUCCAUCAUACGCUUUCCUCA